AAAAGAACAACCGCCCACAGGCCCUUGCGUUGGAGCAAGAGGAAGCCGCGGCUUUGUCCAAAAGAACCACGGCCUCUGUGUCUGCAGGAGAAGUAGAAGGGCGGCAUCAGGACGAGUACACAGCCAGCAGCGACUUCUGUCCAGCCGGCGCGGAAAUCAUGGACCCCGAUGAGUGCGCUGCGGCGUUCGAUUUUUUGGUUUCCGAGUCCACGAUGAAACAAGCGCCGAAAGCGGGAACUACAUCAAGUGGAGAAGAAGUUGUGCGCCGGCAAAGUAGAGGAGCCGUUUUGUCCUACCUCCAGCUUUUGGCGAAAAGAAAAAGGACUUCUCUGAGAAAUAAAUCACACUACACAAGAACCUCCGUCCAUCUCUACGACGGUAGCGACACAGGUUUCGAGGUCUUUGACAACACGAAAUGCACGACGUCAAAAGGGAAGUUCCUGC